GCUCUGUCGGGAACUCCGCGGACGCUACCCCCUGCGUCCUGGCACAGGAAAGAAAAAGAACUUCAAUUCCCUUCGUGCUUUGCUAAGUGUCUGAGCCCUGGCGCUCCGGCCGCCCACGGGGUGGUGUAUGCCGGGAAAUGUAGUUUCUCGCCCUCGACCUCCCCCUCUACCUCCCCACCUCCCACCCCGCGGCGCGAGGCCGGAAGUCCAAUUCUGUUGCCAAGAGAGACCGUUAGCGAGUACUGGGCCCUCCGGCCCUGGGCCGGCGGAUUGGUGUACGGAGGUUUCAGAUUGGACUGGGAGAACCCAAGGAAAAGGAUGUCAGCAGCAAGGAAAGCCAGCUUGUUAAACACCAGCCACUUAGCUAGUGAUUUGUUUUAUGAUUCCAGUGAUAUUUCCAUAGGAGAUAUGAGGAUGAAAGAAACUCAGAGGGUCCUCAAAAGUGAAGGCCUUGCUAAGACACCAUUUAGCCAGAGCAGAUUCCUAAAGAGGAAGCAAAAUGUUGAUGAAAACCAGUUUUUCUUCAAGGGUAGUACUGUAAGGGAGGUGGGGAGCAGGACCUCUUUAAGUAGACCACUGAUUACUGCCUCCAAGAUCAGGGCUAAUGCAGCUUUAAUGAAACUAGCACAAAUAGAAACUAAAAUUAUGAGCCGAAAGCUGCAGGUUGAUUUGUCUGACAUCGAUACAGAUGGGAAAAGCGAUGACAUUUCUUUGAAUCAAAGAGUUGAUGCCCUUUCUCUGAAGAAUAUAAGUGACAUUCCCUGGCAAUGCAGGGAUAAAGUUCCCAUUGCUGGUAGCAAUGAAAGAGUGAGUCGAUUUCUGAAGAAGAAAGGUCCAACCGUUGAAAAUAUAGCCAGUACAACACAGUUUGGAAAUGUCAGGAGUUCUCAACCACCAAAACAGAAAGAGCCUGUUGGAAAGAUGGGUUCUCUGGAUAGUGAUGAAGAGGAAAUGAAAUUGUUGCUGGGAAACUUCGUGAAGCCUUUCAGUGAUAAAGAGAAAUCUCAGAAAGCUGUUCUUAUGAACACUAAACUUAAAGAGGAUGGAUAUAAGACAUUAUCUAUGGACGAGAUUCUGAGUCCACCAGGUCCACUUUCUCCACCCAGUGAAGAAUUUUCCAGGCUCAAGCUUUUUCGAACAUUAUGCCUGCCUGAGGAAAGCUGUCAAGAAACAGCCUCCCAUAAUGGCCCUUCAAGAACUCCUUCCCCACAGAAUGACUUUUCAGCUAACAAAACUUUAAGAUCAUCAUCACUUUCGAUAAUGCAUUACUUUUCAAGGCCGACGUCCCCUAAAAUGGAACACAUAAAACUAGCAUUCUCACCUGAGGAGACUGAAAUUGGAUCAUUGGAUGAGUUACUCUCUGAAGCAUCCAGUGAUAGCUUAAAUGAUUUUAAAAUAAAUAUUCUAUCCCUUGAUGAUUUGGCUCCAGAUGAUGUCAGUGAGAAAGCAAAACUUGGUCAAAAAGAAAACGAUCACAGAAUAAAACAACCAAGCAAAGAAUUACAAACAGAUGUGUCAAUUAUAAAAAGUAUACAGAAAAGAAAUGCCAAAGAAAUGAGCCCAGAGACAAGUGUGAACAUUACUUCUAUUGCUACUGAAGAGGAAAGUCACACUGCAAAUGAAAUAUAUGAGGAUGUGAAUGAGGAGUCUGUCACCUUUUCUAGAGAGGAGAGUAUUUCCAGCAGGAGGUCACCAUCUCCUAAAUUUCAGGAGAGUACUAUAAACUCAGUGUAUUCUGAAGAUUUUGAAAAAUCUCCAACUUCCACAGUAUCUGGGCAGACAGCCUGCUCCCAAGAGUCAUUAGACAAGACACUGGAGUCUUUGUCUGAAAGCCCUUCAUAUUCUCAAAGAGACCUUCCCACAGAGUCAGAAGGGCCUGCUCAGAAAUGGAGAGAGAAUGUAAGGAGACUCUUAGUGAAAGAAGUGGCUGUUCAGACUUAUGAUCCUGCAUUCACCUACAGCUGGACAAAGGAGAGUGUGGCAACCAUUGGCCCAAGUCUGGGGAGAGCUUAUGUGGAUCCUGAACCUAUUGCCAGUCAUGUGAUUAGUGCUGAUGCAAUAGAAGCUCUGACAGCCUAUAGUCCUGCAGCCUUUGCUUUGAAUGACAUGUUAAAACAGCAGCUGACAUUGACAAAGCAGUUUAUGGAAACCAGCCGGUAUCUGCAUUUUUCUCUCCUGAAGUCCCUGGAAGAUGACACAUUCCAUUAUCAUACAUUGGAAGAAGUUAAAGAGUAUAUUAGGAAGCACAAGUCACCACCACUGACAAUUGAGAAAGCUUUGGAGGAAGUUGUGAAGGAAAUGUCGGAUCACUGAGCUGAAUAUAGAUUUGCUUCCAAUAUAGAAAAGCACCAGAAGAUUAUGAUCUACACAGAGACAGUCUGCCAGCACGUCAUUCAGAAGGGAAGAGGAAUCUUACGGGGGAGUAGGAC